AUGACCACUUGGAAGCUGCUUCUGGUGCUGGGUUUGGCCGUUGAAGUCACGAGAUGUUCUAAUCUGAAGCGACACGAUGAGAAGCCUAUCAUCGUGUGCUCGGUGAAUAUGUAUCCGGUUAUAAGUGACGCAGUUCUGACCAAACUCGCAGUCUGCGGCCACAUAAUAGUGUGUAACGAGGAUUUUUGUAAACCGUCAAGGCAGCUGAAGAACUUUUCCGACUCAAAACGAGUCGCUUUGAUCCGUAGUAAAGCACCGCAGGCCAAGAUUCUGCGCGAGGUUGAGAUACAGUUUGAUGAGAGCUUCGUUCCCGACCAGGCGGUUCAGAACGUUAAGGCAAGCGUUGCGGGCGGGCCGUUCGAUGGAGUUGAGCUGGUUUUCGAUUCGGCGCAUCUGGACCAACCCGGACAGAUCAAAUAUGCUCAGUUUCUCAAACUGCUGAAACGCAACCUCGACGACAACGUGAUGAUCUCGAGCUCGUUUGUCUGUCAACACAACCUUCCGGCUUUCUUGCUUAACGCGAUGAGCGAAGUACUGGACUACGUCAUACUGGCUCCAUCAUCCCAGAAUGUUUCCGCCGAGGGGAAUGCUCUGGCACCGCGGGUGUACACUGAUUCGGUUUGCGAGCUUCAAGAAGAGCAACAACGACACUGUGAAGAACAGCAAAACCAAAACUGUUCAUUGUUUGAAGAUGGUGUUAAGCUCAUCUACGAUGAUCCCAACUCAGCCGGUGGACGAGCCUUGCAGGUUGUUGGAUGCAAACUGAGGGGAAUCUCCAUUGCGCUGAGCUACGAUGAUCCAGCUGGAAUCUGCGUGGGAUCAUGCUUCCCACUGUUGGGUGCAGUUCAGGACGUGUUCGAGCAUCGUGCCAGCGUUUCAGGAAUACGAGGAUGCCCUUGUGGUACCGAUGAAUCUGGAGAAGUAGAACACGCAUCCGAUCCUCCUUGUCAUUCGAACGAUCAGCAUCAACCCGCAAGCGAUUGCUGUUGCAACAGUGAAAAACCUUGCGAUGGAUGUAAACUACUGAAUCGCCUGCAAGGAGCGGUGAAAACUUCCGAACACGUCGCUAGUAUUUCUAAAAGUGUCGCAGAUAAAGUCCUAGAAUCACUCGACAGAGUGGUCGUGCUUAUCUCCUACAUGUUGGGUCAAACCCCCGAGCUGCCUGAAUGA